GCGAUAUAAAAAAUUGUAUUGCAUGUCUUUGUGUAAUUGUAAAACAAAUUGCAACCAGACAAUAAACAGACGCCGGCCACCGGUUCGGUAUAGAAACUCUCAAUACUUGGUUUAGUAUAGAUAAUUGUCUUCAAGUAGCCUGCGGUGCAGACCCGCUGAUCAGUGUGCACAACAAAUGUGAAACUGGAGCAAUCCAGCUGACGGUUGUGAACCCUUAUUUGGAAUUCCCAUUUGGAGCCUUGGAAGAAUUAAAAUUAAAUGUACUGAAAACUGAAAACAACAACCCUUAUUCCAAAUGAGGUUGCGAUCGUUCAGAAUUCGCUUUUGUGCUGCAUUGUCCGUACUGAUUGCGAUCACAACUCUUACAACAAUGUAUUUGCUUCGAGGACGGAUAUGCCGCCGCCAGGCAACUUACACGGUACCAUCAGCAGGUGUCCCUAAAGAUGUCGAAAAGUCAGUCGGUCCGGAUGAAUGGAUAAGGAGGAAUAUAAUUGAUUUAAAGCGAGAGUGCCCGACGUCGCUCGAAUCAGAACAGAAAAGAUCAGACCUCGCAUGCAAAAUACCAGACAUCGAUCCAUUCCAUCCAUCAAUAAUGAAAUUACUUCGUGACGUGUCUAUGCCCAGAUGCUGGAAGUAUAAAUCAUAUGGAAAAUUAACAGACGGAAAAAUUCAUUUCUUAGAUCCGAAGGUAACUGCAGCAAAAUAUCGUCGGAUCGUUCGAGAUGGAGAUUUUAAGUACAUUCUCGGCACAAGCACUCCUGUACCAGCAUUGAAUACAACAGAGAAGAUUACGGAUGAAUUUAUUGAAGUUGAAUAUCUACUUGGUAACCAAACUGAUGAUGUCCAUAAGGAGAUUUUUAUCCAGCCAGUACCACAUGAACAUUUAUUAAAACGCAGAGCCGAAAAGCAACCUGGAAUACCCUUGAAUAUUUUAAUCAUUGGCAUAGAUUCACUCUCUCAUGCAAAUGCGAAACGAUCGCUACCAAAAGCAUAUAAAUAUCUAAAAGAUGAACUUGGUUCGUUCAUUUUUAACGGGCUUUCUAUAGUAGGAGACGGCACCACAGAACAACUGACCGCUAUGUUAACCGGAUUAGGAGAACUGGAGCAAUAUGAAUCAAGACGCCAUCAUAGUAACCCCAAGCCCGUAGAUGGAUGGAGAUGGAUACAUAAACAACUUAAAGAACGAGGUUAUUUGACUGGUUAUUCCGCCGACAAUCCAGCUCUUGGUACAUGGCAGUACAGACUGAUGGGCUUCAAAGAUCCACCCACUGAUUUCUAUCCCAGACCGUUCUAUACCAGGGCUUCAGGACUUUUAAAAGGAGAUAUGUGCCUGGGUUCCAAAACCAUAUCAAAAGUUCAGUUUGAUUAUAUUCGAGAAGUGUUUGCAAUGUUUAAAAACCAGUCCAAGUUCUUUUUCUCAUACAACGACCGUUACUCCCACAAUGCUAACAGUGAAGCUGCAAAAAUCGAACCAGAUCUGUUGUCGCUGCUACAAGACUUAAAACAAAGCAAUACUCUAAAUAAUACGUUACUCAUAAUCAUGGGAGAUCACGGUGCUCGCUAUGGCUCAGCUCGUGCUUUGAUGCAGGGGAAACUCGAAGAAAGACUUCCACUUUUUUCAAUGUCGUUUCCGCCAUGGGUUUUAGAAAAGUACCCAGAAAUUUCGAAGAAUCUAAAAACCAACACUGACCGCUUGACGUCAUGGUUUGACGUAUACGCCACGUUUCGCCACAUGCUCAGUUACCCAGAAGUACCUGCCAACCUAAAACAUGGUCAGAGUUUAUUCGUUGAAGUUCCUAUAUCACGCACAUGCCCCCAGGCUAGUGUUAAAAAGCAUUGGUGUCCAUGUUUGGAAUGGGUGAAUGUAGAUAAAAAACACAGCCACGCAAUGAAUUCUGCACUUUCAGCAGUGGACUUCAUCAACAAUGCCAUCCUAGAACACGAAAAAAGCGCUAAAAACUGCCGUAAUUUAACCAUAAAAAAUAUAAACUACGCCAUGCUGGAACGACCAAAUGAUAAACUACUGUCAUUUCAGCAGACAAAUGAUUUAUUACCGGCAUUUAGCGACGGGUCAAAACCAAGUCAUAAGGACUUUUGUCGCUAUCAAAUACAAUUCACAACUUAUCCAAACAAUGCGAUAUACGAAGCAACUGUGCGCUAUCAUAAAAAAUGGUUUAUUGUAAGCAAGGAUAUUAGCAGAGUGAACGAGUACGGAAAUCAGCCAGACUGCAUUGCGAGAGAUCUACCACAUCUAAGGAAAUUUUGCAUGUGUGCGAAUAUCCCCGUCAAUGAAUUGGAAAAUAGUCUUGAAACUCAAAUGUUAUGUGAUUAGCUAGGUCUAGGAUUGUUCCUUCAGUAAUCAGGAAAAGCCUGUCGGCAUCGAGCGCCGAACGAAGAAUAUCAGCAAGAGGAGAGAUUUCAUAAAUUACAAACAAUUACAUAGGAAGUUAAUGAGUUCACGGCAACCAGGUACAGCCUCGUUCCCAGGCGCUUUAAAUAAAAUGAAUAUAGGUUCCAUUUCUCCGUCGCGUCCUCCCCAAAACUCCUUGCGCGCUCGCUUGUGUUCCUAUAUUCAUUUUAUUUAAAGCGCCUGGGAACGAGGCUGAACCAGGUAUAUAAUCCGUCGUAAUUGGUUUUAUUCAUUAUUUUCAUCACUUCCAUUUAUUUAAACCAGAGUAGCGAUAAUUACGAUGAAUUACAUAGGAAGUAAGUAAAUUCUCUUGGUUAAUACAGAAAAUACAGCUA